AUGAACAUCGACGACUCCGUCCUCCUCACCAUCCUCCUUUGGGGCCUCCACCCCGACCUCAGCCAGUCCGCCGCCAACCUCUCCCUCGUCACGCCGACGUACGCGAAGGCGGUCACGUACCUUCGUAUGGAGGAGAAGCGCCUCCGCCACUCUACCCGGCAGGCCAACCACGCUGCCCUUCACGUUGGCGUCGCCGCCCGCCACGGUGCUUCCCCAACUCAGCCGGGGCCGCGCGCUUCUGCUCCUGCCCCGCCACCCGUGCCCGCGCCCUCCGGCGGCCGCAAGCAGAAGGGUCGCGGGGGCCGGGGCCGCAACUCCAACACGACGCUGCGCCCUCCCGCACCCGCCGCGGCUCCUCCUCCUCCGCCUUGGCUCUCGGGGUAUAACCCAUGGACGGGUGACGUGCAUGCCUACUCUAUGCCCGUUCCCCGCCCACCGGCUCCAGGUAUUCUCGGACCACGGCCGACUCCUCCCCAAGCGCUGUUGACCACGCCGGUUCCCGCCGCGUACGGCGCCGCUGCGGCCUAUGGUGGCCCAUCGGCCUACGGUGGUCCCUCGGCGUACGGCGGCCCUCCGGGCUAUGGUGCAUAUGGCGGCGCUCCUCCGGUCUACGACCCGGCGCUCCUCUCCGCUCUCCAUGCUGCCCCCUCGCCGAGCACCUACAACGGAGGCGGCGAUUGGUACAUGGACACCGGCGCCGCUGCUCACAUGGCCUCUAACCCUGGAUGCUCGCUCCCGGAGGGUUCUGCACCGAUGUGA